AUUAUGUGAGUUUGAUCAAAGUAACAGGUUUCCAGACUUGAGUGAGCGCACUACUACACACUGAGCCGACAUUUAGGCGAAAAAAAAAGUAAUAAGUGUGUGGUGGUACGCACAGGGCUCCUCAUUACAGAAAAAAGCACAUAGUGGGUCGUUUAUGCCCCAAGAAGACGAGGAGGGAGGUGGACAUAAUUAAGAUAACGUAGCCGCGUAUCCUGACUAACGAACCAUGGAAGUAGGUGUCAAAUUGGGCAAUUAUAACCAACGCCGAGGCGGACGAGGGCGAGGGGCGGCGAGAGGGUUCGAGCAGUUCGGGUGAUGAGCUACCGGCACGCAGGUCAGUCAGUCAGUCUCUCUCUCUCUCUCUGUCCGGCGUUCACGGCUUCGAGGGGCAGUCAGACACACAGGCGGCCCGGAGUGAUAUAAGCCGCGGCCACACUCGCAAACUGAGGGAACUUGGGGUCUGUGCGCGGGCCUUCAGGGAGAGGAGGAAGAAGGACAGUUUUCGGAACUCUGUCGAUCUCCUGAAGAAGCUCACGUCCCUGCCGGCGCCGUUACCUCGAUGCUCUUUUCGCUCUUCUGACUCUUUUUGUUGUUGUCUCUUUUCCUUCUUUAUCUGCGGGGCUUCGGGAGAACGAGAAACGGCGAUCCUCCUCGUCGGGGUUAUUAUGCUAAGUGGCGGCGCGGAGGAGCGGGAUAAGCCAACCCGAUGAUGGCCUUGUCGCGGCGAUAAAGGAGAAUUUCCAGAUUAAGUCUUGCAAUGGUGAGGCCGCCAGCACGAGUCUCAGGGGGUGACAAACCGCGGCGCUGGCAGGGACACGAUACGCCUCCGCCCCUACUCAACACCGCAUAGUGCCCGCAGCAGCAGCCAUGAGGGUUGCCUGCCUCGCACUUCCAUUGCUGGUCACCUCCGUCACCUGUUCGUUCCACUACGCCAAGGUGGACACCUCAUUUCCUGACACCAUCGCUCCGUGCCUCCUGAGCUCCAACAUCUUCAAGGCCAGCACCUCGCCGUCCCCGGUUCAGCUGCGGUGCGGCGCCGUGUGCAGCUUCACUCCCUACUGCAGCCUCUUCUGUGUCGCCGGGCUCAAGUGUGACACGUUCAACGCCAAGGUGUCAAAGGAGUGGGUGGGGCCCGGCAGCGGCGCCUACGUGUAUGACGCCUGCUUCUCUAUACACCCGCUGGUGGGGGACGCUGCGCUGGGCUCCCUCACGUCUGCCGCCUCGAUAUACUCUUCCUACAAUCACGCGUUCGCCGUAACCGAGAACUUCUUUUGCUCCAGCACAACUCGUUGUUACGAGAGCAAUAUUGACAACCCGCCGUGGUGGCAGGUGGACCUCGGCGCGCCGCAGCUCGUGGUCGGGGUGAGGAUCAGUCAAGUCGGCCUCAUCGACAGUAACGUUGAGUUCCGCGUUGGCAACGACACAGCGGUGGCCAACAACGUCUUGUUGCUGCCGCCGCCCACCGCGACGCCCAGCGGGGGCUUGGAACUCGUGCCCUACACGCCAGUCGUCGGCAGGUACUUCUUCGUCACGGAGCCACACAGUUCUGACAUCCGCCUCUGCGACGUCUGGGUCAUGACGAAGUUUCUCGACUGAACACAGGAACGCGGCGGAACACUCCUAACGAUGCACAGUAAUAGAACUAUAUUCUAAUUUGUGUAUCGGGUCUCUGUAUAAUACCGUGAACCCCUAUGGGCACGACAUAGGUAUGUACGACGAAAACAAAUAAUAAAUAUUGACAAGUG